GUUUUAUUUUUAAUUCAAAACCUUCUUAGUUUUUACCAGAUGACGAAAAUAACCUCUAUGUAAAUAAUACCCCGCCUUACAUAGGCUAAAUUAACGCCUUAUAUGAAAAUUUUUCUUUUUUAAAGAAAUUGUUUUUUUUUAGUUUUUUAAAAGGAAUUUUAUUUAUAUUACCAAAUUUCACAAUGAAGAAAGACGUAAUGGAGACUGUUACUACUUUGCUCUUGGAAGGGAAAGUCACUCAUCCAAUGGAUUUACUCAGCUGCCGAUUUACGAAAACCGGAGAUGAGAUUUUAACAGGGAGUGUAGAUGGAGUAAUGAGGAAAAUUAACUACAAUGAUUUAACAAUGUCCCGGUUGUACAUAGACCAGCAGCUUGAAAGAUCUGCGAGCCCAAUCACGUCUAUUAAAUUUUCUCCCUUUUCAGAAUACGCAUUAUGUACAUAUGCUGAAGGCAUUGUUAAAUUCUGGAACCUUAGUUCUGGUGAGUGUGUAAGGACUAUAGAAGAAUCGAAUCAAAUAUUAGGAUGUGGCGUCAGCCCAUUGCAACGUGUAUUCGUUACGACUGGAGACAAUGCCAAACUUAGUCUGUAUGAUCUAGAAACUGGUAACUUAAGGCGCAAUUUCGAACAAAGCUAUCGACCAGAGUUUGCAGAUGGCCACAAAUCCAGAGUGUUCGCUGCGAAAUUCCACCCACAAAACCCUAACGAACUGCUCAGCGGUGGCUGGGACAACACCGUCCAGUAUUGGGACAUUAGGAAGCCUUCAGCGGUGAAAUACAUCGCGGGACCACACAUCUGCGGGGAUUCCAUCGAUAUAGAUUGGACUGGAAGAAUGAUCUUAACAUGCAGUUUUGAAGAAGACAGAAAUUGUUGUAUUUGGGACUAUAAUACAACUCAACUGUUGAACGACUUUACUAGCGAUCAAUCCAGGCUCUGUCGAAGGCCAGCAAAGUGGAGCGAAACGUCGCCAAACAUUAUAUAGUACGCAAUGUAAAGGCAUUUAAUGUAUUUGUAUAUGGAUAUAUUGCAGAAUUACUGCGGUUCAUUUCUGGGCAAGAGCUACGUGAUAACAGCUGGCUCAAGUCCUAGCUUAUUGAGAAUUAUAAACUUGACAAACUGGACAGUGACGGCGACAUAUACGACGCCACUGAAAGGUCUGUACGCAAUGGAUUUCUUCGAACCGAAAAGCAGCAAGCAACUCCAAACCGUCAAAGUCAU